CGAUUGUUUGUCACUUGCCCGAGAAACCCACGCUCGACGGGACUUGGCCUCCCUGCGACAUUACAAACCUGGCCCAAACUCGAGGUGGUUGGAACCAAAAUAGCGACUCUAAAAUGUGCUAUUUAUUAGAAUACUUGGUUGUGCAGGUAAUAUUAGCGCGAGAAACACCGUGAACUGCUAAUACUCCUCUCGUACUCUGAGUCACUGAGACAUAGUAGUAAUCGUUCGGAACGAUGCCGCGCACCACACCUACUAGUUCUCGCCGCGCCGCCCCGGCCACGCGGCGCCGCCUCGCGCCAGGCGCGUGGCCCGCCGCGCCGCUCCUUGCAAACUUCAACUUUCCCGCCGGCGCACCUCGCCUGCUCCUCCUCGCGGCGGCCCUCGCGGCCCUCGCGCUGACUGUCGCCUCCGCGGAUUGCUCCGCCUCCGCCAAUCGGCGGGACCGCCAGCUGAGCCUCCUCCCCAUCUCCCCCUCCCCUCCCCCACCACACCCACCCCCACUGUCCUCCUCCCCCCUUCCCUCCCCCCAAGUUCAAGUUGAGACGAGCACGUUGAGACGUGUUGCUUGGAUUUCAACGUCGCAGUGAGCGCGCUGGUGCAGCUGAACAAGGCGUGGCGCGCGUGGGGGAAGAACGGCAACGCCAGCACCGUGUGCGCGGCAUGGAGCGGCGUCGCGUGCAGCCCCAAGGGGCUCGUCGUUGCCCUGAACUCGGUCGAUUUCCCACAGGCGGAUCCUCUUCCCACUGGCGCCAUACCUGCCACCAUCACAACCCUUGCAACUCUCCAGGACCUCGAUCUGACCGACAUCAGUCUGGUGGGGACCAUUCCAUCGCUCGCCACUCUCACCAGCCUCACCCGCCUAGCCCUUGGAAGGGACGGCAACACGGUCACCGGCACCAUGGACGGCUUGGCUUGGCUCUCCUCCCUCUCCAACCUGCAGACUCUCUACGCCCUGCAAGCAUUAUCACUCUUCGUUGCUCGGCCACUCGGCCAUCAUUGAUGUUCCCCCUCUGGCUACUUUGAGAAUUCACCGGGGACUUGUCCUGCCUGCACCGUCUCUCUCACCGAGGUGACUUCUGAGUCGACUCAAAAGUCCCCCAUCCUAUGGAUUCCUCGCAUGCCCACCGCCCUCCCACCUCCAGGUUUCUUGGCUACUUUGCGGAAUUCACUGGCGACUUGUCCUCCGUGCACAUGCUCUCUCACCUGAAAAGCCUUCAAAGCCUGGAAUCGUUUCAUUCACCAAGGCCACAGGGGAGAUACCAAGGGAGAUCCGAUACUUGACUGGCCUCACUUCGCUGGACCUCUCCUUCCUUCGCGCCGUGGAGUUUCCUGAUUAGGUCACUGAACUCUCUAGCCUUCAGUUCCUGAAUGUGAACGCAGACAAUCCAAGGCGGCGGGGGCUACUUUUUGAGUACCUUUCGCAGCUCACCGGCCUAUCGAUCGCCGGCAACAACCUGCAGGGCUACCUGCCCAAGAGCUUGUCCUCUUUAGUCAGCCUGAAAUACCUAAUUAUUGGUGACAAUCACUUCACGGGAACCUUUCCCCUGCCUGUUCUGCAGAUGAAGAGCCUUAAAUAUCUAAAUACCACUUGCAACAACAGCUUCUCUGGGACGGCAAUGGCAAUGGCAAUGGCAAUGGCGCUGACAGGGACUUGAGCAACAACAGCUUCUCUGGGAUCAUCCCCAACGAGUUGGCUGCCAUUACCACCCUGGAGGAUGUUAAUCUCAAUGACAACAAAUUCCAUGGAACUAUCCCUUCUGGCCUAUUUGAGCUGCCAACACUCUUCUCGCUGCAAGUGGAUAACAACUUCCUUAUUGGUGGCCUUCCAAAGGCUCUCAGUGAAUCCACCUCUCUUUACAUGCUAGGUCUCAACAACAACAACUUCACCGGGUCCAUUCCGGACUCCAUCUCCACCCUCAAGACUCUCGUGGCUGUUGGCCUCAACAACCAGCUGACAGGCUCCAUCCCUGCUGCCAUCUUCAACAUGACUAGUCUAAAACAGCUCUAUCUGGCCAACAACAAUCUGAGUGGCAGUCUGCCAGCUGCCAUCAUUCAACUGGAGAAUCUCGAACAGAUCUGGCUGGACAACAACAGCAUUGAGGGCCCUCUGCCAUCCGCCAUCUGCUCGCUGCCCUUGCUGUGAUGCAUUGCUGCAUGGUGCGUGCGUUGGGAUGACUUGGCAGCAUGGUGAGCAACAACCACCUCUACGGGCCCUUGCCUAAGUGCCUCUUCAACAAGUGUGUCAACCAAAUGUCUGCCCUAUGGAGAUCACCGAGCCGAACAGCCCGGACCUGGGAAACAUGUUUGACUCGUUUGCAGGGAUGUGCGGCAAUAGCUUGGUGGCAGGGGCGAGAGUGAGUCUGUCUGGCAAUUGCCUGACCCUCAGCCCGGAUGCGAACUGUGUGUCCAACGCCACCCAGCGCAGUGUGGCAGCCUGCCAUGCGUUCUGCAGCAUCACGGACAAUGGCCCGUGUGACAGCCAUGGGGCGUGUGUGCCGUCUGCACCAACCUCCACGUCCAACUUCACGUGCCAGUGUGAUGCCGGGUACUCUGCCAUCGACGCAGGCAACGGCUCCACAUGUGCCACUGAAUCAAACACCACCAGCCCCAACAGCAGCGAGUCUUCUUCACCAGCAGCAGCAUCUGGAGGAGGAGGUGUAUCGGUGGGGGUCAUCAUUGGCAUUGCUGUUGCUGCUGUGGUAGUUCUCCUUCUUUUGGUUGCCGUACUGCUCUACUUCAGGCACAAGAAGCAGCAGAAGCCAAAAGGCGUCACUACUACCAGCCUAGCAGCCUCUCACUGCACCGAGUUCUCUCUGGCUGAAGUCCUCAAGGCCACCAAUAGUUGGUCCAACGAGAAUCAGCUUGGCUCGGGUGCCUUUGGUGAUGUAUACAAGGGCGUGUCUCCCCGCGAUGGCACCACAGUGUGGGCUGUGAAGCGAGCCAGAUGGAUGAAUGCUGACUUCCAAAAGGAGGUCCAAAACAUGGCCGACAAGAACCAUCCCAACAUUGUGCGCCUGCUCGGGUUUGCCAUUGGAGGGGACAUGCAGACACGGCCAGAGCAAGCCCUCAUCUACGAGUUUGUGUCCAACGGUGACCUUCAGAAGUGGAUGGAUCCAAGCCAAGGUUGCUGACUUUGGGCUAGUGCGGGUGGAAGAGGGCACCACAGUGGGCACUACUCGAAUCAUGGGAACGCCGGGCUAUGUGGAUCCAGUUUAUACCAAGACGUCUAAGGCAAACACUACCAGCGACGUCUACAGCUUCGGUGUGCUCAUGCUUGUGGUUCUCACUAGACGCCCUGCACUCUUGUAUUCUGAUGGCGGAGGCAGGACACUUCUAUCAUGGGUGGAGGAGUGUCUGACAUCCGGCACCACAGCGAAACUCAAGGACUCUGACAUGGACGCCCCUGACGAUGCCGUGGUUCGCGUGGCUCAGCUAGCAGUCAGCUGCACCGUGGAGCGCACUGCAAGCCGCCCAAACAUGGCUCACAUUGCAAAUCAUCUGCAGGCCAUAAGGGAGGAGGUGGCUGGGAAAGACAAGCUCAGCGCUGCCAUUAAGGUGGAUGCCCAGGUGCAAAAGAUGAAGGAUGCUUCUACUGGUGUAGGAAGUUUGGAGGCGGAGCUCCAGUUGAUAAGGGAGAGCUAUGCCAAAAACCCAGUCUAAACUCGUGAGGAAAUGGUCACAGUCGCGGGCUCUGAUUGGUUCGCAUUCCAACAUUCCAGGGGAUGUGCUAGCAGAACCCCCGCCAGGCAUUUCUGCGAGAUGUUUUUGCAUGUCCCUAUUUGGGGACAGGCGUUUAAUCCCAAAUUCCGCGACAUACAUGCCCUCCGCCUCCCUUCUUCAAGCGCAGCCCACCACAUGCCCACGGUCGUCUUUGUCUUUAUAUUAGGUUGGGGGAAAUGGUUUACUGGGCCAGUUGUUGGCUACAGUGGCUAAACCCAUAGCCUGCACUCUUGCGUGGUUGUAU